AAAGAAUUACUCAUAUAACUUGGAAAAUACAAUACACAACAAAUAUAAUAUCCUUGAUUUACAUUAUAUAUACAUGUACAUUAAAUUCUCAAUUUCUUAUGGAAGGCCAAAAUAUUAGUUUACUUUUAUGAAGAGGCAAAAGGCUUUCCUUAUUCCACGUAACACAAUAUGCAUUAGUAUCCACAGCAUUUAGUUCUUGCAAUAGAAAUAUGAGGUACAUAUUCUACCACAAUGCCCUUUUUGUCUCCUCCACUUGUAUACUUACAAUUCGCUCUUCUCAACUCCUUUCCUUUCUUUACACUAUACUGCUCAAAUUAAUCUAUAAAACUAUAUAGUAUAAUUUUUUUCCGUUUAAUUUCCAAAAAUGUCUUGCACCAACUCUUCUUUCGCUACUACAAUUUUUGUUUCUCCAAAAGUUUUGUAGCAUGAAUGGGAAAUGACAGAUAUUUCAUCAAGCUUUCAUCAAGAACAAGGUGUAGAAAUACAAGGAGGAGAAGAGAAAGAAAAUGAAGAUCAAGACAAAGAAGAAAAGGCCAGGUGUGAAUGGGAUUUUCAUCUUUCUACUUUGAUUUCAUCUAGCAAUAGCAUUAGUGGAUCUGGCUGUGACACACUUGGUGUUUUAGAAUUUGACCCUUGUGGUAAUUUCCUAGCUUCUGGUGGAAUUGCCAGGAAAAUUCGAAUUUACGGUGCAAAUUCGUUGUUGCGAGAAGAGAGAGAAAACGAAAGGUGCACGAUGACUGGUGUGCCUGUCACUUUGGAUCAUGGCAAUGCAUGUAAGUUUUAUAUUUGUGCUCCAGCUAAACUCGGUAGCUUAAAGUGGAAACCCGAUUGGGGGAGUCGGGUUUUAGGGUCAGGUGAUUAUGAUGGAGUUGUCAUGGAAUAUGACCUAGAGAAGAAAAUGCCCGUUUUCGAACGUGAUGAGCAUGGUGGUAGACGGGUUUGGAGCAUUGACUAUUGCCAUUCGGAUCCAGUUUUGGGUGCAUCCGGGUCGGAUGAUGGAACCAUGCAAAUGUGGGACCCGCGGUGCGGAGACAACGGCAAGUGCUUGGCUAUGGUACAACCUAGCAACCAGUAUAGUCCGGUUUGUUGCGUGGAAUUCAAUCCGUUUAGAGGGCCAAUCGUAGCCGUUGGAUGCGCGGACCGGAGGGUCUAUGCAUACGACAUGAGGAAAAUGUUGGAACCUCUCUUUGUCCUAGACGGACAUCAAAAAACUGUUACUUACAUUCGGUUUCUUGAUGAACGUACCAUUAUAUCUUCGAGCAUAGACGGCUGUAUAAAAAUGUGGGAUGCGGAGGACCAGCGGGUCAUUCGCACCUACAAAGGACAUAAUAAUAGUAGGAGGUUUGUAGGGUUAUCGGUAUGGAAACCGGGUGGAUUAAUUUGUUGUGGUUCGGAAAGUAACCAAGUGUUUGUGUAUGACAAAAGAUGGGGUGAGCCACUAUGGGUUUAUGGAUGCCAACCCAUGGAUUUAACCAGGCAUGACCAUGGGUUUGUUAGUAGCGUAUGUUGGCAACAAAACAACGAAAAUCAAUGCACACUCGUGGCUGGAGAUUCAGAGGGUGUUUUACGAGUUUUUAGUGGCAAGAAAAAAUUAACUAUUUAGUGACGUAUGCAGAACUAAAAAGAGUUCAAGAAGUCACAUUCAGAGAAAAGUUUUUCCACAAGUAUUAGGCAAAAUGUGUACUAGCUACUAGUCCUAUUUUUCAUGAGAAGUCAUCCAAACCAUGCCAACCCAAGAAGGGGGGAACACCUUCUUAGCCAAAUCCAUCCAAAAGGAAAGGAAAACGACUUUACGGCUUUAAAUUCUGAAGUAUAUGUUACUUAAUUAUAGUUCUUGUAUUGGACGAAACCAAACAUUAUAAAAUAGUGCUAUUUAAAUACGAAAAGGUGAUAAAGAAAUAUUUCUAAUCGUUUUGUAUAUAGACAAGAAUUAACUAUAGUUAGGCAUAACGCAUAAAAUUUGUUGGAGUCCCACAUUGAUGGAUUAAGGGUCCAUCUCCUUAUAUGAUCUUGGGCAAUUCUCCUUUCAUGAGCUAGCUUUUGAGGCUGUGUUAGGUCAAGGUUCAUUUCUUUAUCAUGAUAUAUAUCAAAGUCAGGCCCACCCAGUUCAUUAUUUUCGAUGUUGGGCCCCUCGUCUUAUAUUGUCCACGCUCCAGAUGUUUGGGUUAAAGGGUCCUUAGUCUCCUUAUAUGGUCUUGGGCAAUCCUCCCCUCAUGAGUUAACUUUUGAGAUUGAGUUAAGAUCAAGGUCCAUUUCUUUAUUAUGGUAUCAAAGUCAGGCCCAUCCAGUUCAUUAUUUUCGAUGUUGGACCCCUCGUCUUAUAUUGUCCAUGCUCCAGAUGUCCAUCCCUAGGCGUGCGGGGAUGUUGGAGUCCCACAUCGGUGAAUUAAAGGGUCCUUGACCUCCUUAUAUGGUCUUGGACAAUCUUUCCCUCGUGAGCUAACUUUUGAAAUUGAGUUAGGAUCAAUGUACAUUUCUUUAUCAAAAUCAGCACUAUGUUAUCUCUCA